AUGCUCUGCACACGAUCCGCCAUUAACCCCUUGGCAGCCAAACAAGGCAUUCCCCCAGGAUUUAUUGACUUUGCCUCGACUUCGUUUGAUGCCAUUUUUUACCAACGACCCUUAUCAUCAUUACGUCGAGAUUCACAGCAAAGCGAUAGUGACGAAGAUGACGAACCAACACCAUCACCUCAUCGCCGCUCAUCACACCUCCCUGAUUUUUUGCCUUUUAUCCAAUUGAUCACUGAAAAAUGCAACGUACAACCUGUACAGCUUGUGAUGGCACUUAUCUACGUUCAACGAUUCCGUGCAACUCUACCAGCCAGUUACAAGGCUGAACCACAAGCAGCACAUCGUAUCUUUGCAGCUAGUUUAUUGGUGGCGAGCAAGUACAGCGAGGAUUACUCUCUAUCAACUCGGCAGCUUGUUCGUGCUACUGGAGAUGUGUGGACUAUCAAAGAAAUGGCUCGUAUGGAGAUGGCCUUUUUACAAUUCCUGCAAUGGGAUCUACAUAUCGACUCUGAGGAGAUUACUCGCUUCUUGCACAGUCUCAACUUUGACGAUACGGCAUCCAUUUUGAACAACGAGAAUGUUCUUUAA